AGAUCCACUGAAUCAAUAUGGUAUAUUUUUACGGGAUUGAUUUUCAUAAUUCUCAAAUUAAGUAUCAAAUAAAAAUAUGAAAAUGACCCAAAUACGUCAACCUAAAAUGUCACUAUAGUUAACGUUCUUGACUUGAAAGUUUGACCAUAUACAUGAAGUAACGUUGACACUGCAUUGCGAUACACUACUAUAAACAACAAAAUAUGGAUACACUACUUUUUUUUUGAGCAACCGGAUACACUACUAUAAACAACAACCAAAAAUAUAUAUAUAUAUAUAUAACUCUCAUUCAACAACUAUAAACAAUAUCACUGUCUCAUAUACCACAAAAAUGGAUAUUCCAAAACGUUACCCAUCACUAUUCAUAUUGAUUGUCUUCAUAGCUACAGAUCUAUCUCAUGCCGACACAAGAAACAACAUUCCUGUUGCAAACGGUCCAUCAUUACUAUCAACAAACGAUGUGUUUAAUCCUUUCGGAAAAAUUACUGUAGAAAUAAUCAACGAUAUUGGUGGUACAGUAUCAUUGCCUUUUCAUUGUAAAUCGAAGAACGAUGAUUUUGGUGACCGUAGUUUGCAACCUGGCGGGUCAUGGUCUUUUAGUUUUAAGCGUCAGUUCUUCGGAAGGACAUUGUUUUUCUGUUCUUUUGCGUUUCCCAAUGGAAUCUAUUAUUUCGACAUAUUUAGAGACCACCGAGAUACUGCUGGCGAUGACUGGUGCCAAAAUUGCGUGUGGAAGAUAAGACCAACCGGACCUUGUAGGUUUAACGGUGGAACUAAGCAGUUCGAUAUUUGUUUUCCAUGGAAUAAAAAUAAGUCAUUGUAUUGACAAAUACAUAGCCAAUAUG